UUACUGGGAAGAGCUUUGGAACCAAAGACUUUCGAGCAGCUCUAGAAAAUGGAGUCCUGUUGUGCGAUUUGAUUAACAAGAUCAAACCUGGCAUUGUUAAGAAGAUCAAUCGCCUGUCAACUCCAAUAGCUGGCUUGGAUAAUAUAAAUGUUUUUCUGAAAGCGUGCGAAAAUAUCGGACUGAAGGAAGCUCAGCUCUUUCAUCCAGGGGAUCUUCAGGAUUUGUCCAAUCGAGUUACAGUCAAACCAGAGGAGACCGAUAGAAGAGUGAAAAAUGUUCUGAUUACAUUGUACUGGCUUGGGAGAAAAGCACAAAGUAACCCCCAUUAUAAUGGUCCAUACCUCAAUCUUAAAGCAUUUGAGAAGUUGUUAGGACAAGCAUUGACUAAGGCACUCGAAGAGUCCAGCCAUCUGAACAGAAGUGGCAGGGAUAGUGGGUACGGUGAUAUUUGGUACAUUGACCGGGCAGAGCCCUUUUCAUCUUCAGCCAGCCAUAAAAGAGACGACUCCUUUGAUAGCUUGGACUCUUUUGGUUCACGAUCCUCCACAAGCUUUUCAUCAGAUAUAACCUUGAAAGGUGGCAGUGAAGGUUGUGAAAGCGACACAGACUCUGAACUGCCUUUCAAAAUGCAUGACUCCCAUAAAGAUGACAGGUCCUACCGCAGGAUUGCUGUAAUUGAACCGAAACCUACUACUGACUUCAAUCGCUUCUUACCCAACAAAAACAAGCAGUCAACAUAUGUGCCAGCACCCUUAAGGAAGAAAAGGACAGAGAAGAAUGAGGAUAACAGAAGGAGCUGGGCAAGUCCAGUCUACACUGAGUCAGAUGGAACAUUUUCAAGUAACCAAAGGAGGCAGAGGCAGUUGGAUACUAAAGUGGAAAACAAGCCAAGAGUUAACAUUCCUUCACAAUUAUCUGGCUAUUUUGAUGAGGAUGAAGAAGAAUCAAUAGGCAUCCCAAACAUUGAAAAAGAUGAUCUCUAUUUUCGCAAGCUAAGUUCUUCAGCACCAAACACAGUGGUUUCUUUUGACAAAUUUCUUCCUAAGUUCUGGACUCCAGAAGAAGAACUGCUGUGGAAAAAAAUCAGGAAAUCCUCUUUCAAACCCUGGUAUAAAGAGAUUCAAGGGUUCAGUAGAAAGAAAUCAAAUUCUGAGGAUGAGGAUUUUGCUUAUAGACAAAGCUCUGCCAUUCUUGGUCAUCAACCAAGACCAAGUUUUGAGUGGAACAGCAGUUGCAGAAGGGAUCAAAACUAUAAACCGACUGCUGAGUAUGUGGGAAAAUCAUUGUCACAGAUUGCAGAAGAAAGGAUCUUGGAGGCUUCUGAUGAGCCCAGUCAGUUUUCGUUACUUCAGGCUCUGCAAAAAUACUCUGACUACUUGUCUUCUGAAACAAAGACCAAAAUCGAUCCUACUUCUGGUCCUAGGCUCAUAAAAUGUAGAAAGAAUAUUUCCUUUGUACCAGGAUGCAAACAAGGAGACAAUGAAAAUGGAUAUCUGUAUCCAGAUUUAGAAAAUGAUGACCUGUUUGUCCGGAAAACAGGGGCUUUCCACGUGAAUCAAGUUGUACUCCAAGACCCUGAGUAUUUUAAAAAAUUCCCUGAGCAGGAGUCUCCCCUAGAGGGUGAAAUAAUUCUGCAACCUAGAGAAGGCCAACCUGUGAUUCCAGAUUUGGAAAAAGAUGACAUGAUUUUUCGGAAAAUCCUCUCUCAGAAAAAAGAGGUGCCUUUGUCAGGUGCUCCAGACAAAUAUCACCCUGCCCUCUUUCCUGACCCUUGGAGUCUUCCAGAGGACAUCCGGUCCAAGUUUUUGUGUUUACUUGAAAAAAGCACAACACCGGAGGAAAGAGCGAGCAAUGGUAGGGUGUUGUCACCGUCUUCCCGACAUAAGAAGGACGAUAUGUUGACUCGCAAGAUUGAAUCUUGGAAAGUGGGAAGCAACGUGCAGCCAGUAAAUUUUAUCCCAGGUCCAUGCAGCGAAGAAGACUGGAAGAAGUGGGAGGCGAUCAGGGAGGCCAGCAAAGUUAGACACAAGAAACGGCAGAUGGUGGAGAGACUGUUUCAAAAGCUUUCUGAUGAGCAAGGGAGUAAAUCUUUGAAUGAUGUCAGUGCAGAUGAAUUGCAGUCAUUGCGCAAAAUUCGUUAUGAAGAGCUACAGAGGAUAAAAAACCAGUUGCAAGAACAAGAUCUGAAGUGGCAAGAAGAUCUAGCAAAAUGGAAGAAUCGUAGAAAAAGCUUUACUUCCGAAUUGCAAAAGAAAAAGGAAGAGAGAGAAGAAAUAGAAAGGAGAGCCUCCGAGGUUUCAAGGAGUAGCAAGUCACUGAAAGAAAUGCAGGAGGAGAGGGAGAACAGAGAUCAAGGAACCUACAGUCAGCAAAAACUGGAACGCAGAUGGACGUACUCAUUAAAUGAUGAUGUGUUUAGUGACGAGAAAGAACCUGUCGCACAGUCAGCAACAAAAGAUUACCUUUUUGAAAAAGAUAGCUCCUACAGCACUAAGGACAGCAAAACUCCAUAUACUGCACAAAGUGGCAAAGAAAACUUGCAGAAGCCACCCAGCGUUGCAACAAUUGACACUCAAAUUCCAGCAAAGAGCCUGUCAGAAGAGCAGAGCUCAGCUCUUUUGUCUGCUCGCCACUCCGUGAACACUCAAACUGGGUCAGCUCGGGUUUCAGCUUCUCUCCCUAGAAGUUACCAGAAAACUGAUACCUCUAGGUUAACAUCCGUGGUUACACCAAGACCUUUUGGUGUCCACUCAAGAGGAAUCUCAUCGCUUCCACGGUCUUUCACGAUGGAUGAUGCCCAGAAAUAUAACGGAGAAGUAGAAAAAACUAAAAGAACUCAAACUUUGUUCACUAGCAGUUCAUUUUCACAACCAGACUCAGCGCACCCUGUUUCUGCUACUGCACUCGGAAGCAGAGGUGAGGAGGAGGAGGAGAAAGAAGGUGUUAAGACGGCACCUACUCCUAGUUUGACAGUAUCUGUUAAAUCCCAAGACCAAGAUGCUGGAGGCUGUAUUCUUAAAUCAGAGUAUUGUUCUCCUCCUGAUUCUGUUUCACUUGCAUCUUCCGCAGAAAAUGCGAGUCUGCCAGAGCCCGAUGAUUCAAAAUCCCAGGAACAGUACAGUGAAAUGAGAAUCAGUAUAAACCAGAGACCUGGCCACAGCCGCAACUUCGGGUUUACGACAAAUUGGAAUUCUUCAGGGGCCUUUGUACAGACUGUUGAAGAAGGUAGCCCUGCAGCACUUUGCCAGCUGCAUGUAGAUGAUGAGAUCAUUGCUGUCAAUGGCACAAAGGUUUCACAUAUGGACUAUAGUCAGUGGGAAGAAGCCAUCGCCAGAGCACUAGAAACUGGAAACCUGGUCAUGGAUGUCAGACGAUAUGGAAAGAAUGAUUGGGGCACAGACCAGCCUUCCCUGCCACAUGUAAGGCAUAAAAUCCUCAAUCUCACCAGUAUGGCUACCAACAUUAUAGGUACAUCUGAAAAUAAAUGGAUUGAUGCAACUUCUGGAGAGCACGUUUCAAACACUUCAACCAUAUCACCAAAAGCAGAUUUCUCCAGCAGCCUUCAAAGUUCUGAUACAGAAACAAAAUUGAUAAAUGGGAUGCAAGGAGAUCAUGGCUCUAACCAGCAAAGAGCAUCUGAACCUAUUUCUUUGAAAAACUUAAAAAGACGGUCACAAUUUUUUGAACAAGGAGGCCCAGAGACUGCAAUGCCUGAUCUCCCAGUCCCAUCCAUUAGUGCUCCUGCUCGUCGAGUUUGGGAUCAAGAGGAAGAACGAAAACGACAGGAAAAAUGGCAAAAGGAGCAGGAGCGUUUAUUGCAGGAGAAAUACCAGCGAGAACAAGAAAAACUGAGGGAAGAAUGGCUACGAGCGAAGCAGGAAGCAGAAAAAGAGAGCUCCAAGUAUUUAGAUGAGGAGCAGACUGUCCUAACAUUAAACACAGUGUCUGUCCCUGCGCGGACUCUGUCAGUGUCCAGCUGGAGGGCAAGCACGGGAAUGAAUACUCCUGACAAUUCAGAGGGAGAUGGAGGAAGUGAGUCAGAGGCACGCUUGCUGCAUGAGGAAGAAAAAGAACAACAACGGAGGAAGCUUCAGGAGGAACAGCGGAUCCAGGAAGAAGCAGCCCUCCGUUUUCAGCGAGAAAAGGAGCUCCAGGAACGGGAGCUCGAGAGACAACGUAAAGAGCAGGAACAGCAAUAUGCUGAGGAGCAGAAGCGGCGCGCGGAGAUGGAGGAGCAGAAGAAGCGCGCCGAGAGGCAGAGGGAUGCAUCAGUGGAGACACCUCAGUAUCAGAGACAUUAUGAGCGCUAUGAAGUAUCUAAAACGAUAGAGGAUCGACCUGGCUAUCCUCUCAUUGACAGACAUUAUGAGCGUUACGAAGUUUCUAAAACCGUUGAGGAGCAACCUGAUCAGUCAUUUGCUGAUAGGAGCAAGUCCAAGUCAACCUCAGAACUGGAUGAAGUUACAACAAAGAGAAAUGGUGCUCACAGCAAAUAUUCGGAAAGGUCUUGGAACACUAGUGAGUCACAGAAGGGGUCUCAGAAGGAGCAUGGCCUGUCUGCAGCAGAGUUGGAGAGACAACAAAUCCUUCAGGAGAUGAGAAAGAAAACAUCUCUACAUACGGACAGCAGCUGGAUUAGGCAGCGCAGUUCCAGUGUACAUAAGGAGCCUAUUAAUCUGUACAGCAAUAGUAUGAGGAGAGGUGAGUCUUUGGACAAUCUCGAUUCUUCAAGAACAAGCUCAUGGAGGCAUCACUCGUGGAUGAAUCAGUCCGUCUCCCCUUCAUCUCUGUCAUCUAAUCAAGAUUUCAGUCGCCCCGUGUCCACUUCAAACCGAGCCUACAUGCGCGCUCCUUCCUCCAGCAAAGCACCUCCUUCUGCCAGCUCUGGGAGAGCCCCGUCUUUGUCCCAAACUGCCCCCCGGGCUCAGUCACCCAUCUCUCCUUCCCAGCCAGGGUCACAAAUGCACAGCAGGUUGGUCAGUGGGAAGAAAAUCUGUUCAUACUGUAAUAACGUUCUGGGCAAAGGAGCAGCCAUGAUCAUUGAGUGUCUCGGUCUUUGUUAUCAUUUACAUUGCUUUAAGUGUGUCGCCUGUGGAUGCGACCUCGGGGGGUCCCGCUCUGGAGCUGAAGUUAGGAUCCGAAACAACGAGCUCUUCUGCAAUGACUGCUAUAUCAGAUUUAAAACUGGACAACCAACCUCCAUGUGAAGCAAAUGUAGAUAUGAAACCACUGCUGCAGAUAAAAGAAGAGGUGAUUGCUGCUGAUGUAGAUCUAUAAAUAUAUAUAUUGUGUGUAUGUGUGUUUUUUCUAAGAGUAACUCUUUUGCUUGUCUAGUCUUCAUAGCAAUGCAUUAUAUCCUUCAUAUAACUGUAUUUUUAUUUAUGAGAAAGUAAAUGCAGCAAGGAAAUGUCUGGGGAAAAUGCUUUCACUUUUCAGCUUUAGGUACCGAAAGCAGAAGGGAGAAUAAAUAUAUUUUUCAGUAAUAACUUCAAAAUAUUUUUGAGGCUUACAAUCGAACUAGCUGACUUUCCAAUGGUAUAUGAAGAGGGUAUUUUGUUUCUGAGCUCUUGAAAUGAGCAUUAGAGAAAUAGUUAAUAUAAAUAUAUAUUUGCAAUUGCUGUCUUUAUUUUUGACAUAUACUGAAAGUGAAUUGUCUAGGUUAAUAUGAAGCUGCACUUAAAUGCACACAAAUGUGUCUGCUUUUCAUAUGGUGGUUUCUAAAAUUAAGUGCUUUUUGAAACUUAAACGCAAAGUAUAAUCUGUUUGCUCAGUGGUGAUGGCGUAAUAUUCUGUGGAAUCCAUUGAAGGGGAAGAGUUCUCCUUUUUCUUCCCAUUUGAGAAAUGUAACUAUCACUUUUUCCUCCACACAUUGAGUGGAGAAUGGUUGUUGAAUUACAGUACAUUUGUAAAUAAAUCUUCUGAUGUUGCAUUUA